CCCCCUCCCCCCCCACCGCAGCUCGAAGACCCUCACAUCCGGACCGCAAUAGGGCAGGUUUCUUCAUCACUGUAAAUACUCUGAUAAGUUCCUAUCAAUCGGUAAAUCCAUGGAGAGUGUUGAGCCAGAGAUCAAGAUUCGCCCCCCAGUGCCUGUGCAUAUCACUGUGCUAAAAGGCAGUUUCCUGAAAGGAAACAAAGGAGAUAAUCCAAUAACUUAUAUCCAUGCGGAGUACAACAACCUUCAGCUUGGAGAUUCUGGAAAAGUACCGAUGACAUUAGAUACUGAAGUGGAAUACAACUUCACGACCAGCUUUGACUGCACAUUCGAGGGGAAUGCUGGUUUGGAGGAUUUAGUGCAUAAACCAGUGAUUUUGACUGUUAUUGAGAUUUUACCCAAAGAAAAGAAGAAAAGAGAAGAAAAGACAAUUGUUCUUGGUCAGGCCAUUGUGGAUCUAAUCCCUCUCUUGCAAGGAGAAUCCACAUUUAGGAAGACCAUUCAAGUGCACCCAGUAGUUGGUUCCCCUCUGGACCAUAUUGCACCAGACGCACCCAAGCCUAUUCUGGAGGUUCUCGUGUCUGUGCCAGAGCCCCUACUUACUGAGUCUCAGGUUAAAGGGAGUAAUUUGCUAAGGACCACCGUGGAGUCUAUCUACUCAGUACCAGAAGCCUGGACCACCACUGGCACACACUUCAGUUAUUUUGUCAUUCUACAUGUGCCAGCUGCGUUGGAGAAAGAAAUCCGUGUGGUGUUUUCCCAUGGGAUUCUGAAGGUUCCUGGUGAAAAAGAAUCCACUCCCAGACUGAAGAAAUGGCCAAUUAUCAACCUCUCUGCGGCGGGAGCUCAGUACAUCCCAGAUUCUUUCAUUCAGCCUUGUCCUUAUGAGAAUGAGGAUGGGGAACUCAACCAGAAACAGCACUGGGCAUUUCGAACAGAGGCAGAGAAUGAGAAGAAACGUGUGGCAUGGGACCUAGAGAAGCGCUGUUUUAUGGAGCAAGAUGCUUUGGUUCGCAUGCAGAAGCAAAUGGCUGAAUCCCGCUACUGGCCUGUAGAAAUAAAACGUGUACCAAUAAGCACUGCGGCAAAGGGAGGAGCAAAAUCCAGUAAAAUGGAUAAGGCAGAGGAUGAUGGGCCUAUCUCCUACCAUGGAGUAGCGUAUGUAAAUAUGGCUCCUUUGUUGUAUCCAGGCGCGAAUCGGAUACGAGGAGCAUACCCAAUUGUGCCUUUCUACGAGGCAGAAAUAUUUGAAAAGACGAAACUAAGGUUGAAUACAGUCCGGGAACCCCUGGCACCUGUGGCCAAGAUAGCACCAGUUUCUCACCCUCCACAUACUAAAGGAACCCCCGGUAAGACAAAGGAUGAAAAGGGACAAAAGGAAAAGGACUUGAAAAAAAACUCAGCGAAUGUCAAGGUUGUUACCCCUAUUUUGGAGACUGUAGAUGUGGAGCCCGUACCACAGAAUAUUGAAGGAGAACAAUAUGUGGAAGCCAGGUCAUUCAUUGUGCUGGAGUUUGUUCUGGACAAACCGCUGGUGCAGAAACGACCCCCUGAGGAAGUGUCUCAAAGGAUCUCAGAGAUGAUUCCUCCUCGAGCUCCAUUCCCACGUCGAACAGGUGGAGCAGAAAAGGCUGUUGAAGACUACCACAGUCAGAUAUUGAGUGUGGCUGGGAUCAUCAUGAAUGAAUACCAGGAUAUGUUUGGAAGCCACAAACCAGAGGACAAAGCCUCAUUUGAUGGGUACGAUCGGGAGGAACACAAACAAAAACUUAUGUAUGAGCUGAAUGCUUCAGGAAAAUACUUUGCCUUCAAGGAACAGAUAAAGCAUGCAGUUGUGAAGAUUGUGCGGGAAAAGUACUUGAAAACGGUGGCCUUUGAGGACAGAGAGCAGCUUCAGUCUUUCCUCAGCGAGCUGUAUGUGUACCUGGUGGAUCAGAUGCACUGUUGUCUGCACAAGAUGCUGCAUGUGGAACUUCCAGACCCAGUCCCACAAUCUAUUAUUGACAGCAUGCACUUAAAACACUUUGCUAAUGAAGCUGAAAUGAAUAACGACUUUGAAUUAGCAGCUAAAUACUUAGAAGAGCGAUUAGCACGUGACCGGAACAGUCCUGACCACUGGUUUGACUAUGGUGUCUUUUAUCUCGUGAUAAAUGAGAAUGGCAAGGCAGAGGAGUGCUUUCAUCAGGCUGUGGCUUUAAACCAGCAACAUCUACCGAGCCUGAUCCUGUGCGGUGUUAUUUCAUCAAUGAAUCAGCAAUAUGAAAAUGCUGAGACCUUCUUUCAGAAAGCCACAUAUGCUGAUCCAAAAAGUGUGCUGGCUUGGACAAUGCAAGGAUUAUUCUAUGAAAGUCAGGACAAUGCAAUUUUAUCAGAAAUGGCUUUCUUCGAGGCAAAGAAGCAACAUCAAGCAGCUCAAAUGCUGCUCAGGUCUCUAAAUGCAACAUUGGACAUAAAGGAACCAGAGACAUCAUUUGGAGUUGAUAGACCCUACGACAGAGCUUCUCACGAUGGCAGUUUUCCUGGAAGUGAAACUGGGACCCGAACCUCCAGCAUUGCAUCUUCCAAACCCUCUGGUGAUGGUAAAAUAGGGAAAAUUGGAGGAUCCAAAAGUUCAAAAACCGGUUCAGGCGGUAAAGGCAGGCAGAAUUCUGUAAAAUCUGGAUCCAACAGCAAAUUAAUUUCUGAUAGCAAAUUGAACGUUGGAGGAUCUGGCUCAGUCACACGUAUGCGCGCUAAGUCAGUCUCCUCCAGUGGUGGAUCGAAAAAAAAGAUGAGUUCUAUAAAAGAAAUACCAAAGAUCCUUGAAGAGAUCACAACUGUAGGGUCAACAGGGAGCCCAGGAAAACCAUCAGAAAGAGAGCCUACACCAGGACCCACAACUAGCAUCUUCUUGAAAACAUCUGAGUUCUUACUCAACAGUAAUGCCCUGGAGUUUGUACCGAGAGCCAUGUCACAUGAGUUGCUGGACGCUGACGGCGGACCGAGCUAUCAAUAUAACCUGCUUCUGGCUCAGUUCUACGUGCUGCGGCAGGAAUUUGAAAAAGCUGAACAUUGCCUGCAGGAAGCAGCCCGAUUCAAUCACCAGAAUCCAGACAUAUGGGCUCUAAUGGGACAUGUACAUUAUUUGAGCCACAAUUACACCAAGGCCAAGGAAUUUUAUGAGCGUACUUUAUCUUAUGCUAAAGAUGCAAUAGACAUGCACACCACCUGCCUGAGACUCGGGGCCAUUUACCUUGAAGAAAACAGGACUGAUUCGUUUAAAAAAGCCAAAUCCGCCUACCUCUUGGCCUGCAAGAGAACACCGUCCUGUUUGUCAUGGCUAGGAUUUGGGAUAGCUUCCUAUCGGCUUUCUGAACUGAGAGAUGCUGAAGAUGCUCUUGCUGAAGCAAAUAUUCUGUGUAACAGCAAUUCAGAAGUCUGGGGCUACCUCACAUUGGUGUGCUUAAAGACCGGAAGAAAACUGGAAGCAGAGCAAUCUUACAAAUAUGCAAUAAAGUUAAACCUUCAAAAUCAGCAGCUGCUUGAUGAGAUUCACCACUUCCAACAAAUGACUGGCUUUGGAAACCCUGAAUUCUGAAACCUCUGCGAGCGACCCUUCUCAGCCUUGGGCUGUGUUCUAUCAGCAUUGUUGGAGAGUCUUCAGGUUUCAUUUUAUUUCUAAUUAUUUUUAUUAUAUCAACUUAAAUGGCUUUCUCUCCAAUAUUAACAGUUGUUCAAGGUAUAAUCCAAAUGUUAAGUAACAUUAUCCAAUACCUAAUUAUAUUAUUGUUUCAUGAUAUAAAAGCAGAAUAAAAAAUGUUUUUUUGAAAACUUUCUUGCUUACAAUGUUUAUGAAGCUCGAUGUCAUGGUGGACACCAACUUCUGCCGGGUCCUGAUUGACAAUAAAUUGCAUAGUGCUUGGUAGCAGUGAGUAAAGUAAACCAGAGGCUAGGUUGUAUUAAGGGGGCAAUAUUGAGCUGAAUUAUUGGGGUAAUCCUGCCACUUUAUAAAUCAGUGUUGCGACCGCAUUUGGAAUUCUGUGUGCAAUUCUGGUCUCUGCAGUACGAAAAGGAUAUUGCAGCGAUUGAGAGGAGUACAGAGGAGGGCAACCAAAAUGAUUGAGGGGAUGGAGGGACUGGACUAUGAGGAGCUAUUAGGUAAACUGGGCAUUUUCAUGCUGGAGCAGGUUAAGGGGUGAUAUGAUUAUGGUCUUUAAGUUUCUAAGGGGACUAGAUAAUGUAGACCAUGAUA